AUGGAUCAUAAAAGUUUGAGUUGGAAUAUCAGGGGAUUGGGACAAUGCAAUAAGAUUGUUGCUAUUAGAAAUGCUAUCUUGAAGAAUAAUCCUACUAUUUGUACAAUUCAAGAGUCAAAGAGGGAAAUAGUGGAUGAUAGCCUGAUUCAAUCUCUAUGGGGUAGUAAUCGAUGUAAUUAUGUUUAUCUUGCAUCCGUAGGUGCUUUUGGAGGAAUCAUUGUAAUAUGGAAAGAUGGAAUUUUGGUUAUGGAAGAUCAUCUGUUAGAAGCAUUUUAUGUUUCAGUUAAAUUUCACAAUGUGGUAGAUGAUUUUGUUUGGGUGUUUACCUCAGUUUAUGGGGCUUCAUAUGAUGUAUAUUAUAACCAAUUCUGGCAAGAAUUGAGAGAUGUUAGAGUAUAUUAUGAUGAACCAUGGCUGUUGGGGGGAGAUUUCAAUGCCAUACUUGCGGAUGAUGAGAGAAAUGUGCCAGGAGGUGCAGUUGCAAAUAGAAAGUCUUUUAAAGCUUUGAUAAACAGAUUAUCUUUGAUUGAUCUUACGAUGGCUGGCGGUAGGUUUACCUGGACCAAUUCACAACAGCCUCUUAUAUUGAUAAGGUUGGAUAGAUUUCUUCUUUGUCCUAAUUUCCAAGUUCAUUGCCCUGCUCUUUUGCAAAUGAGGUUAAGAAGGCCUAUUUCAGACCAUACACCAAUUUUACUAUGCUGUAAUUCUAAUGAGAACUUAAGAGCUCCAUUUAGGUUAUAUAAUUUUAUCCUUAAUCAUCCUGAUUUUCUAAAUAAUCUUAAAAUUUGGUGGAUGAAUUUGAACUUCUCUGGUAAACCCAGUUACAUUUUUGCAAAGAAACUUUAA